AGCUUACCUCAAGUCUCCAGAAGUCUUGGAACUUCCGACGUGGUGUUUUUAAUCGUGUCAUCACAGGUGAAUGGUGGCGGUGUCUCUUCCUGCUCCCUCAUCUCCUUGGGGCUAACGGCUUACAUUUUAAUUUACGAGCAGCAGGAGCGCAAGUACUCAAAUGCAAUCUGUGAGCCUCUGAACUGGGAACCACUUACUGGCGAGGCGCAUUCUAGCCGUGCCAUAAGGGGAGAGGCCCUCUGCCUUUUCAGAGCUGCCCAUCAGCUGUUCUUGUUGGCCUGUUUCUUCCAGAGCGACAGAACACUGUUGGCCACAGGCUCGUAUGAUGGUUUUGCAAGAAUAUGGACGGAAGAUGGUAACCUGGCCAGCACCUUAGGCCAACAUAAAGGCCCCAUCUUCGCCUUGAAAUGGAACAAAAAGGGGAAUUACAUUCUGAGUGCAGGUGUGGAUAAACAGACAACAAUUUGGGACGCCCACACAGGGGAAGCCAAACAGCAGUUUCCGUUUCAUUCCACCCCUGCUCUUGAUGUAGACUGGCAGAACAACACCACCUUUGCCUCCUGUAGCACAGACAUGUGUAUCCACGUCUGCAGACUCGGCUGUGACCGCCCAAUCAAAACCUUCCAAGGACACACAAAUGAGGUCAAUGCCAUUAAGUGGGAUCCUUCUGGAAUGUUGCUAGCAUCCUGCUCCGAUGACAUGACAUUAAAAAUCUGGAGUAUGAAGCAAGAUAUGGGUGUCCAUGACCUUCAGGCUCAUAGCAAAGAGAUAUACACCAUCAAGUGGAGUCCCACCGGGCCAGCCACCAGCAACCCCAAUUGCAACAUUAUGCUAGCGAGGUAAGGGAAGAUGGCCUCAGCCCAGUGUCGGUCCCUAAAGCUAGCCUUGCUUGGAAUUAAGGGGUGCAAAAAUUCUCCAUCAUAACAAGUUGGUCGUGGGGACGGUAGUACAGCAUGGAGAAUAUAGCCAGUGAUUCUGUAACGUCUUCCUAUGUUGACAGAUAGUAACUACAGUGGUGGGGAUGAGGAUUUAAUUAUACGCGUAACUGUUAAACCAUUGUAUCAUAUACUUGAAGUCAAUAUAAGAUUGUAUAUCAACUAUACUUCACUUUAAAAAUUUUACAAAACCGCCUUACCCAUGGUGGCUGAGCCGGCCACAUGGCCAGUAAGAGCUAUUCAUGUCCGGAGAGAUGGGACAUUGUUGCAAAUCUAUUUAUGCCCUUCCACCUGAAUGAAGUGGUCAGCUGGGCCCAGAAGAUAGCUUACAGGUGACGCCUAACUUGAGGUAAGGAUCACAUUAGCCACAAGGCUGGCUGGUUUGAGGGACUGGUUAUAUUGGUUAUGUGCCCCAGGCUUUUCAGCACUUGGCCUCGGUGGAGAUUCUGCCACAAGAGAGAAAGGCAAGAGUUCAGCUUGGGCCCAGGCUUGCAGACUUCGUUCAACUCAGAGCUGCAGGUGGUGAGAUUCUGAGCAGUGAUAAAGGGUUCCCCGGCCCUAGCUGGAUCUGACCCAACAAUUUAUAGAGUGAACCCCUGGACACCAGCACUGGGGGGAUUGCAGUGGCGAGCCAGCCAAAUGCCAGAAUUGGGACUAGAGGUUCUUUCUAGCUGACACAAAGAUGGCCUCCCCAAACCAUACCACUUGAGGCCACUGGCAACAGAAUUGUCUCCUCCUGACACUCGUGGGCCCCAUUCAGGAUGUAGCAUUGCCCUCCGGCUACUGUGUUAAAUGCGAACGUUUAGAAGAACGAGUUGCUGAGA